GUGAAUAUGCGGUAUUGAGGAAAAUGUUAACAUCUUGAUAAUUUUUUUAUGAAGAUAUGGGUACUAUGGUACCCAUUUUGAUUACUUUUUGAAAAAAGGAGGGGUGUUAAAUAAAUAUUUAAUUUUCAUUAUUUUUAUUUUUCGUAUCCAUAGUGACACUUGGAAAGACCUGCUUGAUGGUGAAUUAACAUCACACUCUGGGUUUGUGACAUCUUCCACAAAAUUGGACAAGUUGUUACAGGAGUAUGAUUAUGCAACUUCGUCCAGGUUCCGAUGUAUAAAAAGUUCCAAAGAAUUUGGAAAAGAUGUUGAUGUAGGAAGAAUUGAUAACGCCCAUAUUAGAUUUGUGGACACACAGGGAAAUGCUGAACCCCAAAUAGAAUAUGAUGCCAUCCCUUUCAUCAUUAUGGGUAAAAGAGUCCUUGAAUGUCAUCAGGGAUAUGACAGAGACAAAAGGAACAACAAAAAGAAAAAAAUGAAAUCAAGAGAAGAUGUGUUAUGAACCGCAUUGGAGACAUCUACGUUGGAUUGACAGGAAUGACUUGACAGACCAUAAUGUGAUGAAUAACUGUUUGAAAGGAAUGAAAGAAAGAGAUAAACUUUUUCAAAAAGAGGGAUGGGCCGAAAUAAGUGCUCUUGUUUUAGAAGAAUUCGGCUUGUUUAAACCCAAAACAAUCAUUGGUAUCUUCAGUCCUCCAGGGUUUUACCUUAGUUUAAAAAACUGCACUAAUGGAAAACUAAAAGCAACGCUGGAAGAUGGGCCAGGACAGAGAUUGAAUGAGGGAGUUGCAUAUUUUAGGGAUGUAUUGCUUGUAGAAGCAAGAAUCCUUAUUGCCUCCACUGUAAAAAACAUUACUUAUAGAGAAGCUGAAAAACUUCUCUAUCCAUUGAAAUAACAAUUAAAAAUAGCAUUGCUAAAGAGUAAAGAUGUAUAUAUAUAUAUAU